AUGCCGAAACGUCUACCCACAGUAACUGACUUCCCCUCCACAAUAACCCUCAGCAUCACCCCUCCUCCUAGCUCCCAAUCGGCUGCCAAUGUCCUCGUCCUGUUACACGGCCUCGGCGACACCGAAGCUCCCUUCAGCAAUCUCGGCCGCCAAUUGAACCUCCCCGAAACCGCUUGCGUCUCCGUUCGCGCGCCGAAGCCGCUGCCCUUCGACCUUGGUGGUUUCCAUUGGGGUGAUGAUAUGCUCUUCGACGAGGGCACGGGCGAGAUGGAGGUCGACACCGGUUUCAAGUCAUCUACCCGCAUGCUCCUCGACAACGUCAUACGCGAGACAUUGAUGGACAAAUGUGGCUAUCGAGGGCGGGAGAUCCUGCUCUUUGGCUUUGCCCAAGGUGCCAUGGCUGCUCUCAAUGUGGCCGCGGAGAUGGGCAACGAGGAGCUCGGUGGUGUGGUGAGCAUUGGGGGAGCUCUGUCUUCCUCCGCGCCGCUGCAACCCAUUGACAGGAAAUGUCGGACACCGGUCAUCGUCUGCAAGGCCGCGAAGAAUUCCGCUGUCACGGAUAGUAACACCAAGAGGAUGAAGGAUACUUUCGAACACGUGGAGGUCAAAGAAUGGAAGAAGGCCAGAGACGGCAUGCCCAGCAACCGGGACGAGAUGAUGCCUAUCAUGCAGUUCUUCGCCAGCAGACUGCGGGCUGCAGGCCCACAGGGUAGUUUAGAGCUGACGUGA